AUUUUCCAUCACCAGCAGCAAAGACAGAGCAGAGUCAUGGAGGCGAUUAUUUUGUACCCAUCACCACCUAUUGGCCACUUGGUUUCCAUGGUAGAGUUGGGAAAAUUCAUACUUACUUGCCAUCCUUCAUGUAGCAUACAUAUACUUAUCACCACCCCACCUUACAGAGCCGAUGAUACCGCCCCGUAUAUUGCCUCUGUCUCUGCCACCACUCCCUCCAUCAUCUUCCACCAUCUCCCCACUAUCUCUCUCCCUCCCUCCUCCAUGUCCUCUCCCAACCAUGAAAGCCUAACCUUUGAAGUGCUUCGGCUCAACAACCCCAACGUCCACAAAGCCCUCCUUUCCAUCUCCAACAACUUUACUGUUCAAGCUUUUAUCAUGGACUUCUUCUGUGCUCUUGGGCUUUCUGUUGCUAGUGAUCUGAACAUCCCAGGUUACUUUUUCUUCACAUCUGGUGCAGGAUGCCUAGCUUCCUUCUUUAUACUCCCUGCUAUUCACAAAAACACUGAGAAGAGCCUCAAACACCUUAACACCCUUCUCUAUGUUCCAGGAGUGCCACCAAUACCUUCCUCUGAUAUGCCAAAACCAGUUUUGGAACGUAAUGAUAAGGCUUAUGAGUGCUUUCUAGAAAACUCAAUCCAAUUACCCAAAUCAGCUGGGAUUAUCGUGAACACGUUUGAAUCACUCGAAUCUAGGGCCAUCAGAGCAAUAUCAGAUGGACUAUGCUUGCCUGAAGAUACUCCCACACCUCCCAUCUACUGCAUAGGACCAUUAAUCUUUGCUCACAAUCAAAGAGGUGGUGGUAGUGAUGAUGUGCCUGAGUGUUUGACAUGGCUGGACUCACAGCCAAGUGGAAGUGUGGUGUUCCUUUGUUUUGGAAGCUUAGGAUUGUUUACAAAGGAGCAGUUAGGGGAAAUAGCUAUGGGGUUAGAGAGGAGUGGCCAAAGGUUCUUGUGGGUGGUCCGUAACCCACCUUCUGAUAAUCAAAGUGUGGCUAUUACGGCCCUAUCUGACCCAGAUUUGGAUUCUUUGCUUCCGGAUGGUUUCUUGGUUAGAACCAUGGAUAGGGGUCUUGUAGUGAAGUCAUGGGCACCACAAGUGGCAGUGCUGAAUCAUGAUUCGGUAGGUGGGUUUGUGAGCCACUGUGGAUGGAACUCAGUGUUGGAGGCGGUGUGUGCUGGAGUGCCAAUGGUGUCUUGGCCACUCUAUGCAGAGCAGAGAUUUAAUCGGGUUGUUUUGGUGGAGGAAAUAAAGAUCGCUUUGCCAAUGAACGAGUCACCGGACGGGUUUGUAAACGCAAUAGAGGUAGAGAAGCGUGUUAGAGAGUUAAUGGACUCAGAGGAAGGAGAGUCAAUCAGGAAGAGGGCCAACGCUCUUAAGAGUGAAGCAAAGGCUGCUCUGAGUGAAGGUGGGACAUCUCGGGUUGCAUUAACUAAACUCGUCGAAUCAUGGCACCAAGGCUGAGUCAAGUCCGUCCAACCAGAUCUGUGAGGUUAAAGUGUUAUUGACAUGAGUAAUGAAUAAAUCUUUGUAAACUGAGGUGGUGUUUUGAGGAAAUGUACUGCUUACUGAGACUUUAGAAGUUUGAGGCUGAUUCAAGUUCAGGCAGCCCAAAUGGGAGGUGACCAUAGUGUUUUCAAUGUCUUCCCUAGGGUUCCCUCAUCUGGGAUCCCUGGGAAAGAGGAUCAAGUUGGCCCUUACCGCAUGUCUAUAUUUAUGUGGGUCCUUUAAUUAGUUUUCUGGUGGUUUAGGCACGUCUAUCUUUGUAAAAAUAGUUGUUGCUGCCAAACUAUAUUUUCAUAUUUACUGGAACUAACUAUGUUUUUAUGUAAUUUCAGUACAAGAUUAACUGUAUAUCUGUCUGUUGUAUCCUUUGUAAGGUUUCAUAAUAUAAACUUAUUAAAUCCUAAUAUUGUUUGCAGGAGUAAGCUAUUCAAUACAACUCUUGACCAGUAUGUAAGGAGCAUUCCCUAAGA